AUGAGCUCCUACCUGGAGUACGUGUCGUGCGCCGGCGGCGGCGGCGGCGGCGGAGGGCCGGGCGGCGAGGCGCUCGGCUUCGCACCCAAGUUCCGCCGCGCCGACGCGCGCCCCGGGGCCCUGCAGCCCGCCGGCCGGCCCGCGCCGUCGCCCCCCGCGCCGCCCCCGGGCGCGCCCCGCUUCUCGCCCUGCACCCUGGAGGGCGCCUACGAGCGGGGCGCCGCGCCCGCCGCCGACUACGGCUUCCUGGGCCCCGGGCCGGCCGUGGAGCUCCCGGGCGCGCUGGCGAGGGCGGCGGACGGCGGCGGGGCGCACGUCCACUACGCCACCUCGGCCGUCUUCUCCGGCGGGGGCCCCUACCUGCUCAGCGGCCAGGUGGACCUCGGCGCCUUCGGCGAGCCCGGCCCCUUCCCCGCGUGUCUCAAGGAGCGCGCGGACGGCCAGCCCGGGCCCUUCCACGCUGGGUCCCCGGCCCCCGGAGCCUGUCCCAAGCCCGCUUCCCCCGCCUCCGGCCUCCCGGUGGCCUUCAGCACUUUCGAGUGGAUGAAAGUGAAGAGGAACGCCCCCAAGAAAAGCAAACUCUCCGACUACGGAGCCGCAAGCCCCUCCAGCGCCAUCCGCACGAACUUCAGCACCAAGCAGCUGACAGAGCUGGAGAAGGAGUUUCAUUUCAAUAAGUACCUCACCAGAGCCCGACGCAUCGAGAUAGCCAGCUGCCUGCAGCUCAAUGACACCCAGGUCAAAAUCUGGUUCCAGAACCGUAGGAUGAAACAGAAGAAAAGGGAACGGGAGGGGCUUCUGGCGGCCUCUGUGGCCUCCCUUCAGCUUCCCCGGUCGGAAACAAGUCCCAGCAAAUCUGGCAGGAACCUAGGAAGCCCUUCUCAGGCUCAGGAGCCUUCCUGA